AUGAAAAACAAAUCGCAUUACAGACUUCCAACACUGCCACUUCUUGGAAACCAUUACCACCUCUGCCCUUAGUACAGAGCUCAACAGAAAACGCAGGGGCACUAGUGCAAGUGGAGUGAUGGAGGCUAGAUCUCAGUUUGAGUAUCGCCGGCGUUUGCACUUAAUAGCUUUUAGAUAUCGGCGGACUGGAUCGAAGUAGCAGUGUUUGAAUAAUGCUGACUGAUGAAGGCUUGACAUUUGAACUGAAUGGGAAAUGGGAUUAUUGUGUUUUGUAAGUCUUCUUGUUGACAUAAUUGGUAGUGGACGUUUAGAAACUCGGAUUUGGUAGUUGAGGUCUUAGUAGUGAAAUGUUCUUUAAAAACGGCCCCCCAGCUUAGACGGAUAUUUUGUGUUUAAUUGUGACUGAGACUCCCCGAAUGGGCCAUGCGAAUGGGUGGUUAUUGUAGCAGAAGCGCCUCCCAAGCUGUCAACUGCGAGAACUGGACGUUAUCCUCACCCAUGCCUGCCCAGACGAUGACAUACCCUCGCCCCGCGCCAGGCAGAGGAGGACCACACCAAUCGCCGCAUCGCCCCGUAUUCCUUGACCAUGGCAGGAGGAUCGCUCCCGUUGGGAUGACGCCUCCUUCAGUAUGUGGGAAGAAACGCCCCACGUCCAUGGAGAACAACAACGCCUGGCUCAGCGAAUUUUGUUACGCGAAGCCCAGUUCUCAUCGCCGGCCGCCCCACAAAUGCAUCUCGUGCCCAAACGAGGUUGCCGUCGUCGGCCAAUCGUCAAAUGGAUCGAUCUCCGUCAUAUCCUGCAGGACCCUGGCAGAAGGAGCAGCACCGGGCCCUCGAGCGAUCGAAGAGCGAGUGAAUAAUUGUCCGCGCACGAGGGAGGGAUGGAAUGACAUGGUGGAGGUAGAGGGUGGAUUGCGAGAUUGGGGUAAUCAUGUCGCCGUCAGCAGAACAGCUCUGGGGCGGAAUUGUUCCAGGAGCCAUCGGUUAAGUCUCUGCGAAGUUGGCACCGUCAGUCCUAUCAUUUCAGAUGUAGAAAACUUAGGAAACUGCCUCCAUACCCAAGUCGCUGAAAUGAAGAGGCCCUGUGCUUGUUCGUCCGCUUUCGCGUACAGGGGAGACUCGUGUAAAAAUGGCAGGCACGGGGAGACCAAGGACAGUGAUUGCGAAGACAUUGGUAAUGAUAUCGGUCCCACUGAUGAAUUGACUGUUCUCGGGUCCUUGAACAGACUCGCAUCAGCGCCGCCUUGUGGCGCCAAUCAUUAUGGUCGUUCGUUGCGCAGUCAGUGUGAUGUAGCGAAUUCCCUUAACCAGAGAGACAACAGUGGUGUCGUGGAUUCUGAAAAGGAAAACCGUCACGGCAGAAAAGAGAAAGGAAGGUGUGCAGGGAAAGAGGUCGGCCCCACUUCCGUCUGUGCCCCCUCGCCAAAGGCGGCCGACUUGACCACUCUGGGAAGAGAACUCGUGGGAAAUCGCCCAGGUAUUAUUCAUUCCCCUUCGUGCGACCGCACGAGACACAGUAGGAAAACAUUACGCUUAAAGGGAGACCACCCCGCUGACGAUGAUAACAUCGUAUGCUUGGAAUAUGCCUUCCGACGAAAUGAAGUAAGCAACGAGGACCCUCCCCGGAGCGCCCCGCCUUGCGACGCCGUAAGAGGCUUCGGUGAAUUCUCCGCCAAGGGGGGAAAUGGUUUCUUUGGUCUUCCCUUAUACAUCAAGGAGUAUUUUACGGAGGAUUUCCUUAAUAAUAACCCCCAAGACCACCAGCAUUUCCAUGUGGGCGAGCCGCCCCCCAAAUUAUUGAAGCUGCUGCUUCGAAAGGAUCCCAACACUCUAGAUUUUUUGAGGACAAUCCAAGACCCAGCCAGUCAAAGGCUGACGUGGUACAAACCUCCCCUCUCUGUGUUGGUCAUCAAAAAGGUUAGAGAUGCCCAGGUCAUCCAACCUUUCAUCCAGCUGGUCAAGUGGCUGACUUUGGAAAAGCGGAUGCUGGUCUUCGUCGAAGCGUCUGUACUUGAGGACCCCUUGGUCACCAAUCACUCCGGUUUCCCCAGCCUCAAGGAUAAGCUGAUGAGCUUCAGGGAAGGCCAGGAUGAUCUUACGGACAGAAUCGACUUCAUCAUAUGCCUUGGUGGUGAUGGGACACUCUUGUAUGCCUCUUCUCUGUUCCAGCAAAGCGUUCCUCCAGUGAUGGCAUUUCAUCUUGGAUCUCUUGGCUUCCUCACUCCAUUUAAAUUUGACAAUUUCCAGGACCAAGUUACCCAUGUUUUAGAAGGUCACGCUGCCUUAACUCUGCGCUCUCGGUUACGAUGCAUAAUUCUACGGAAGGAGCAGGACACUGGGAAGAACAGCUGUCCCCCCACGAAUCUGCUGGUGCUUAACGAAGUGGUCAUUGAUCGUGGUCCGUCUCCUUACCUCUCCAAUAUAGAUCUAUACCUGGAUGGAAAGAGAAUUACAUCUGUGCAAGGAGAUGGCCUGAUUGUGUCAACCCCAACUGGAAGUACAGCUUACGCAGUUGCUGCUGGAGCCUCCAUGAUUCACCCAUCUGUACCAGCAAUCAUGGUUACCCCCAUUUGUCCACAUUCACUCUCAUUUAGACCAAUUGUUGUUCCCGCCGGAGUUGAGCUGAAGAUUGCAGUAUCUAGAGACAGUAGAAAUACUGCUUGGGUUUCUUUUGACGGAAGGAAAAGGCAAGAACUUCUUCAUGGAGACAGCCUUCGUGUGACCACAUCUAUAUAUCCUGUCCCUUCAAUCUGUGCUGAGGAUCAGAUUGCAGAUUGGUUUGCUUCUCUUGACGAAUGUUUACGAUGGAAUGACCGAAAGCGACAGAAGCACUUUGAUGAGCCUGAAGAUCUCUCCUCGCCAGAUCUUACUCAUUCCUCAAGUUCUGAUACUUUAGAUUCUCUCAGUGAAAGAAAUGAAGGCUGUGAUAGUUAGGUUAUCGUGAACAGGGAAAAUUCCUCAGCAUAAUUUGGACUGACUAUGGUGAACCAGUGCAUCAGUAGAAUGAGGACCACAAUAGUAGUUUAUGGCAGUGGGUGACAGCUGAAGUAUGAUGGCGAGAUAUAAAAAUAAUCUCUUGUACAAAAGUGGACACUUGAAAAAGUACAUUUAUUUAGGAAUCCCAGCUUUUGUAUUGUAACCUACACAUCCAACAGUGGUACUUUAAGUGACUUUUUCGAAGUGGACUCAUUCAUGCCAUUCCUCACUCUGCCUAUGCAACAUUCUCAUUUAUGCAACCUGUAUCUUGUGAUCAUUAAGUGCCCAUGAUCUGUAUCUUGUAAGAAACUGAUGGUACUUAACUCCGAUAUCACUGCUCCUUCUUGGCAAAAAUUGUCAGUCAGUGCAAUUGUUUAGUGAACACUGGUGUUCUUUUGGUUUCCUUAUUAUUUGUUCAUGGUGCAUGGAUAGAAGGGCGUUAAGAGAGCGAAGAACAAAUUUUACAUUUACGUAUUUAUUAUGAGAUGAACAGAUUCCUUUUUUAUAUAAAUAUUUGACAUAGCUCGACUACCUAGAUACAUUGUUUAUAUUUUUUACUGUGAAUAAGAUACUAAUCUGUAAGGAUAAGAUAGUAAUGUGUAAAUGUUCUUGUUGAGAUUGUAAGUUUGUAUUUCAUAAUUACCAGAAUUUUAGAGAGAUUAAUAUGAUUUUAUCUAAUGUGAAUGACAGAAACUUUGAGCAUCCAUGUUUGCCUAUAUAACUGCGUAUGCUCAGAAAUAAAAUGGUAAUGCUAUUUA